GCACCUGGUCCUCACUGCUAGUUCUGCACAGCAGCACUGAGGAUUGAGGUUCCCUCCCCUUGUCUGGAAGAGUUGUGGCACUUCCCAGAAGGAGGGUAUAUGGCCCAGAGUAGCACAAGAAACUGCCUUGCUGUCUUGUGACUGUCCAGAGGUUUCACAGUUAAAACCUUGCCUUGUCUGACGGUGGAUCCCAGCAGGAGCUGAGAUGGCCAUUGCACCCAAAGAGGCAGAAAAUGCUAUUGACAUGGAGGAAAUCCACACAGAGAGAAAAGAAUCACCAAAAGGGCAGAAGACAUUUACAGUGGAAGAAGCUGUGGAAACCAUUGGGUUUGGGAGGUUCCACAUCAUGCUCUUCCUCAUCAUGGGCAGCACUGUGGUGGCUGAAGCCAUGGAGAUCAUGCUAAUAACUGUUGUGUCCCCUCUCAUCCGAUGUGAGUGGCAGCUUCAAGACUGGCAGGUGGCUUUAGUCACAACGAUGGUGUUUUUUGGCUACAUGAUCUGCAGCAUAGUGCUCGGGCUCCUGGCUGACAGGUAUGGCCGCUGGAAGAUUCUGCUGCUUUCAUUCCUCUGGGCAGCCUAUUUCUCCCUGCUGACCUCGUUUGCCCCGUCCUACAUCUGGUUUGUGUUCCUGCGGGCCAUGGUAGGAGGUGGUGUGUCGGGUCACGCGCAAGGGCUUAUCAUAAAAACGGAAUUUUUGCCCACCAAAUACCGAGGAUACAUGUUGCCCUUAUCUCAGGUGUUUUGGUUGGCAGGAUCUUUGUUGAUCAUUGGCCUGGCAUCAGUGGUGAACCCAACCAUCGGCUGGCGGUGGUUGAUCAGAAUUGCUUCCAUUCCCGGCAUCCUUCUCAUCCUGCUGUUCAAGUUCAUCCCGGAAUCGGCACGGUACAACGUGUCCAUGGGAAACAUGGGGGCUGCCCUGGCCACGCUGCAGAGAAUAGCCAGGAUGAAUGGGGCGGCGAUGCCAGAGGGGGUGCUGAGGGAGCCCGCCAAGGAAAGGGGAGGAAGAUUCAAGGACCUCAUCCACCCCAAAUACCUCAGAACCACUUUGCAGAUAUGGAUCAUAUGGCUUGGCAUAGCUUUCGCUUAUUAUGGUGUCAUCUUGGCCAGUGCUGAGUUACUGGAGCGGGACAUCGUCUGUGGCUCUGCAGCCCCACCAGUACAGGACUCUGGCGAUGACUCUGAGGAGAGCCACAGCCCCUGCCACUGCCACUUGUUUGGGCCCGCUGCCUACCAGACCAUGAUCAUCAGCACAGCCGGAGAGAUCGCACGUAACCUCUCCUCCCCUCCCUGCCCUCCUGUUCCCUACUGCAGACAGCCAGAGUUCACUGCGAAGGUUUUAGCUGUGCAUGCAUUGCUGGCAACUUCUGGGACACAGGCCAUGAGCCCGUGGCAAAGGGGAAACAGAGGGCAUUGUUCCCCAGUAAAUCCUCUGAACAUUCUUGGCAUCAAUCUCCUCGGAAGACGUCUGAGCCUGUGUAUCACCAUGGCAUGUACAGCCCUAUUCUUUCUUCUCCUUAAUAUCUGCACCUCCAGUGCAGGCAUGGUUGGUUUUCUCUUCAUGCUGCGUGCCUUGGUUUCAGCAAACUUCAACACCAUCUACAUUUACACAGCAGAGGUUUAUCCCACCACAAUGCGAGCGCUGGGGAUGGGAACAAGUGGGUCACUGUGCCGUGUUGGAGCUAUGGUGGCCCCAUUUAUAUCACAAGUCCUUAUGAACGCUUCUUUCAUUGGGGCCCUGUGUCUUUUCUCAUCUGUGUGUGUUGUCUGUGCGAUCUCUGCAGUCACACUGCCCAUCGAGACCAAGGGCAGGGCCCUGCAGCAAGUAAAAUGAAAACGAGUGUUUGAUGUUGGACUGGGUAGGAAAGAAAAAUAAACCUUUGGAAUCUGUCAUUUCCUGUGAGCUCCAUUUGAUGUUGAUUGCUUCUCCAUACCAUUUCCAUUAUAAAAAAAUUGCAACUGAACAGUGUGAAAGUUAUGAUUUGUAUAGAAAAAUGGCAAAUUUCUCAAAGAUGUUCCUUUUCUUAUGAUUCAAUAAAUAGAUGCU